UGAGAGGAGCAGUAAUGGCGGCCUUUAUGUUGUUCCUGACACGAUUUUUCCAGCGUCUUUGACUCUUGAGGCGCGUCAAACCUAACAGAUGUUAGUUUGAAAACUUUUCACCAAAUCAAAUUGACUAAAAAUUGGAAGAACGUCUUGUGAGAAGGCGAGGGGUGCAUAUAGACGGCUAAUAAACAAAAGUACAUGAUGAUGUCAAACACUUUUACAAGAGUUGGUUCGCUCAUCAUUUUAAGGAGAUGUUCCCAACGGCAAAGAAACUUUUGCUCAAAACCAAAGACCCUCUCGUUUGAGGAGAAUGACCUUCGUGCCAAAUUCAAGGCUUUGGGAAAAGGUGAUGUUCAAUUACACCAUCUGUCCGGAGAGCAGGAUGGGAUAUCGGUCAUAACCAUGUCCAACCCUUCGCGCAGGAAUGCAUUAACAGGGCAUAUGAUGGUGAGACUGGCAGAAGUUGUGGAUGAGCUUGAAAAGUGGCAGGCAGGCAAGGCUCUCAUACUACAUGGUGAUGCUGGGACAUUUGUAUCAGGGGGAGACCUGAGUGUACUCAAAGAAAUUCAUACCCCAGGGGAGGGUGAACAAAUGUGUUACUUUAUGCACAAGACCUUUGCUCGUCUUCAAAGACUACCGCUAAUUAGUUUAGCCGCCAUCCAAGGUCUUGCUAUUGGUGGAGGUGCUGAGGUUGCCUUGUCUUGUGAUUAUAGACUGUUAUCAAGGACUGCAGAAAUCAAGUUUGUGCAAGCACGCAUGGGUCUCACACCUGGAUGGGGUGGAGGGGCGCGGCUUGUCCAGCUGGUCGGCCGGCAAAAAGCAAUGGAGAUCCUGCUGCAGUGCAAGUCUAUGAAACUUGAGGAGUCUUUGAUGUGUGGAUUGGUAGAUGGGGAACUCCCAAAUGACAAGGAUUUGGUAACAAGCUGUACUGACUGGCUGGCUCCAUAUCUCAGAUGCAGCACGUCUGUUAUCAGAGCCGUCAAGGGCGUGGUGUCUGCAGGUGAUAGCUUCCAGCUCGAUCAGGCUUUGCAUGUUGAGAGGUCCAUUUUCAGUACCAUGUGGGCCGGCGAGGCUCACGACGAAGCCCUUAGUAAGAAGAUCAAGCAUAAAUAGAUACAUUGAGACAAAGUCUAAAUUGGAUGAACUUCCAAACGAAUCCAAUGUUUACACGGGUCCACAUGGGCUGUCAAGGCAAACCAGUCCCAAAGUGGAACUACUUUUUAGCUGGACAGAUAAGGACAGUUCCACAGUCCCCUUGCGAGCGUGCAAGGAACCUAGCACUCGAAUAAAUGGUAUAACUAAAAAUAGUAUAAAAAUAAAUUAGAAACUAGAAAAGUUCUAAAAAAAAUAAUUAAAAAGACAUUCAUGCUAACGUGCGGUUUGUAUUUCUUAUAAUGCUACCAUCAAUAUUGUCAUUUUUCAACAAGCCAGAGCUGCGAGGGGCGGUGAUUUUCUUGUUUGCACGAUGUCUUUUCAUGUGGAGUAGCUAUGUUUGAUCUUAAUAAAUUAGCCCGUUUUUGGUGUUUA